AUAUUGGUUGUUUAUAUAUAUAUAGAUCAAAGUUCGACUCUCCAUUAGUGCUUUCAGUGCACAUCGGUGGCAAUAUUGAGAAAUAAAAUUGGCAAACUUGUCUUAUUCAGAAUCCAGAUGCGUCACUAUGUUAUUUAACUGACAACAUGAUGUUUACGUCUGGCAAUGCGAUUCAAAAAAGUCCGGUGGGGGUCAAAGCGACUUGUCUGUUUACAUGUGAAACAUGAUAGUAUCGCGAGCAGGUAGUGACCAAGUCAAAAGACUUUAAAUUGUAAUCUAUAAUUUAGAGUAAUGUUAUGAUUAAGUGAUAAAAAAGCAUCAGUCAAUAAAAUGAGUGUCAAAAUAUCAACGCCGAAACAAAAAGCUGAUUUGUAUCUUGCAUCGUCGCUAUGCGAUGGAAUAGAAGACAACGACUUUCAACAAGUAGUAACACUUCUACAAGAUAAAGAUGCUGAUCCCAAUGUGUUGAUGCCACUUCAUGGUAUCACUCCAUUUCAUUUGGUUAUUGGCAAUGAUUCACAAACAUUUGCAGAAGAAGUCACAAAGUUAUUUUUACAACAUGGUGGAAAUCCAAACGUUAAAUCAAUAGAUGGAAUGACGCCAGUUCAUGUCGCUGCAGCAUGGGGUCGAACUAAUAUUUUAAAACUUUUGUUGGCCAACGGAGGAGAUCCAUUAUGUCUUGAUUUUGAAUGUUAUUCUCCUUUUCAUUAUGCUUUUAAAGGACAUCAUUUUGAAACUGUAGGUAUUCUUAGUGAAUAUUGCAUGGCCAUGGAAAAUGAAAAUGGAAAAAAUGACAUCAUACCAAAAUAUAAACUAGAAUUUGAUAAACUCUUGGUAAAUCUUGGAGAUAUGUUAGCUGAAUAUUCUGCAUCAAGCAAUCCAUCUAUACAUAAUUCAGAUGAAAAUUCAUAUUUAUCUGAUGAUUGUAGUGAACUUUUUCAAAUUAACUCGGAAUAUUCUGAUGAUUGUCAGUCAGGAAGUUUACUUUAUUGCGAUAAGAAUUUAGUCAAUUCCAGAAAUAGGAAAGAAACAUUAGAUACAUACUGUGAUAAUCUAAAAAAUAAUAAUUAUCAAGAUAGUGCUUUUAAUUCUGAAACAGAAGAAUCAAAAAAGAUGAUAAAUAUGGUUAAUGACAUUAUAUCACAGUUAUCUAAUUCUUGUACGAGUGACAUUGAUUUAAAUAAUAUAUCUUUUAACGAAGAAACAGAAGGUAUAAAUAUUUUGAAAGAUAUUAAAUCCAAACAGAAAAUUGGUAUUAGCAGAAAAGAAAGAAACACCAAGUCAGUACAUAAUUCUCAGAUUUCUAAUAAAAAAAGGAGGCAGUCGACAUUGCAAAUUAUCAAACAUCGUAAUGAGCUCAAAAAAAGAAAAUCGAAAAAAUUCAUUAACAAAAGCAAUAAAUUAUCAGAUGAAAGUUUUUUUGAACAUAAUGUUUCUCAAAGCUUCACAAAAAAUAGUCCAAGCAGUCAACAUACUUCUAUACAUAAAAAUUCAUCAAUAGAGAAUGAUUGGCUCCAUGAACCAAUACUCAGUCAAUCUCCAAAUUUACAUAUUAGUUCAAAGUUAAUUGAUAAAAAUAACGAAUCAAUAGAAAGUUUAGAAGCUAAAUCUACCUCUAAUAAACCUAAAACUUCUCUUAUUUCUCAAGUCGUUGAACAAAAAUUUUUAGAACCUAGUAGCUCAAGUGAUUUAAAUUUUAAAAAAAUUCUCAAACCAAAGAAGUAUUUUAUAACACCUAGAAAGUCGACUGUAACCAAAACUAGUGAAAAUUUUUUAAAAAAACAAUUAAAUAAUGAUUACAAAACUAAAGUGAAUGAACAUUUAAAAUAUUUGUCCCCAUUUAAUUCAAGCAAUAGCAAAUCUAAAACCCUAAUAACUUCUAGUAAUGGCAAUCUUCAAAAAUCAAUUAAAUUGAAAAAAAAUCCAAAAAAUAUUUCUAAUCAUCGAAAUAAUGUUCUGCCCAAUUUGGAGCAAAAUAAUUCAGCUGAUUAUACUCAAAAAACAAACUACUCAAGUGACUUAUUUGACAGCCAUGUGGAUAGCUAUGAUAAGAAAUCAAAUAAAACAACUUCUCUCAAAAUAUCAGGUGUCGAAUUGCUUGAUACUAAAGUAAUUUCGAAAUCAGAUAUAAAGUCAGACUCUUCAACAGAACAGUCAAUAAAUUUUCCAUCUGAAAUUUGUAUUGAGAAUCAUCAAAAUCAAAUAAAAGAAGAAAAAAUAAGUUUAGAUAAUAUAAAUCAAACAUUUGAAAAAACCAUUAAUUUAUCAAGUAGUCUAAUAGUUGCCCAAGGAUCUUUAUUAUCAAAUGCAGAUAAUGAUAGGAAUAAUGAUGCUUUACAAGAAAUCAAUUUUCAUGAUUUAUCCGAUGAUACUAGACCUGAUAACUACAGUAUAAAAAUUGACCAUAAUGAUGUGAACUCACUAAUAUCAUCAAAUGAUAAUCUAAUCUAUAUCAGAGAUGAAUCAUUGUCUUCAUACAGAAAAAUUGAUUUAGAUUCAUUUUUAAGUAUGGAAGAGGACUACAAGUAUGAAGAUUUGGACGAAGGCAUUGUUUUCCUUGAAAAAAGAUUUUGUGUUGCACCAUCUUGUGCUUCAUCAGAAACUUCUUCGUAUUAUACAUGCAGUACAUUUAAGUCGGAGUCUUUACCAAAUGAAAUGUAUGUUAUGGAUAAAAUAACUUUACGAGAAAGAUUAGAAAAUAUGGGACAAAAUCCAGGACCAAUCACAACUACGACUCAUCGAGUUUAUUUAAAAAGACUUCACAAACUAGAGUCUCAAGCAUUAAAAUCUGUGCAUCGAAACGAAAUUUUAGCACCCAAAACACAAAAUCCUCUUGAUUUCAACAAGGAAAAAAAUUUGUUGAAAUCUUCUUUACUUGCUAUAGAUUGGAUAAAGAAUAUUGACGAUUUUGAAACUAUUGAACGAAAAGUUUUUUUCGAAUUUGACGUUCCAAACCCAUCUAGAAAAUGGCGUGAAGGUACGAGUAAAAGCUCUUUCAAUUACUUAUUGCUUGAUCCUCGUUUAACGCAAGAUCUACCAAGAAGAGCAGCUGAUAUGAAAACAACUGAAAAGUGGGAGGCAUUUUUAUCUGCCAUUUUCUAUGUUGGCAAAGGUAAAAAAUCGAGACCUUAUGCGCAUCUUUAUGAUGCUUUUAAAAUUUGGGUAUCUAAAGAUCAAAAAGCAGUAAAUAAUAAAAAAAUUCAACGAAUUUUGGACAUAUGGAAUGAAGGUAAAGGUGUGGUUGUUUUACAUGUCUUCCACAAUACUAUUCCAGUAGAAGCCUACACUCGAGAAGCUAUGAUGAUUGAUGUACUUGGUACUAGAAAAUUAGGCAAUUGUAAAUCAGGUGAUUAUUAUGGCAUUGCGGCAACAUGGAACCACAAGGAAAAAUGUGAAUUCGGACGGUUUCUAUUGUUUAAGGCUUUGCAGAUAUUUCUAAUUGAAGGAGAAAGGCAAAUUUUUCCGGAUAAUUUAUAAUUCUGUUUAGUUUUAAAUUGUAUAAAGCCUGUAUUAUAUUGACUAUUGUGCAAAAGCUAGUUAAGUAUUGAAUAUUAUAGCAGUUUUGAACAUGAUUUUGCUUAUAUAGUUUUAUCAUAAAUAUUUAACAAUUGUUAUAUACAAGAUUUAAAAAAAUUUUGAAGUAUUAUAAUAUUAAAUUUAUAAUAUUCUGUCAGUCAUUCAAAUUAGACGUUUAAGAUAUGUUCGCCUGACAAUUAAGUAACUACAACUUAGCUUAUUGACGUGUGUGAUAAAAUUCAUUUAUGAAUUAACCAUCUAAUAAUUGACAGUAUUACUAAAUGAAGUUAAAUUAAUGUAAUUAAAAUGUAAGGCAUUCAUAUAUUCAGUUUUUAAAUUGCAGGGAUUUAAGGGAACUAAAAGUUCAAUAAAAUUCUAACGAAGUUAUAUUAUAUCUUAAAUCACCAAAGUUUCUGAAUUAAAUAAAUUGUAAAAAAUAAUUGUUUCGAUUAUACUAUAUCAAUUUUGUUUGUGGUAUGAUGCUUAGAAAAAAGGAUAAUGCAAGGAAUAAUAUUAAAAGACUUAUUAAUCCAUUGAUUAUGAUAAUUGAAAAAUAGCAUAUAUAAUUUAAUAAUAAAAGUUUUUAUAAAAAAAGUACAAAACGUAUU